UCUUUCACGUAACUCAAAGAGCUGUUUAGUCUUGAUGACACAGUUGAUACAAUAGCUUAAUAAGUUUUAUAAGGGGAACACCUUUUUGGCAUUUCGUCAUCCAUUUGUAAUGGAUUAACUUUGAGGGUUAAGUUUACCGGCUGCAUGUAUUUACUUUGGGGUUAAGAAUGAGUCAUCUGGAUGCAAUUCCUCUAUUCAUUACCAAAGAAGGAGACGAGUGAGGCCAAUCCAGAAGAAACUGCACCUCUCGGCAAAGCCCACCGGACACACUGCUGCUGGUCGAGGGAGAGACAUCUCAUCUGCUCCUUUGGAAAGGUCACAAAAGUUAUCUCACCUCCACCAUGACUGAUCGCUUCGACUGCUACUACUGCCGGGACAACCUGCACGGGAAGAAGUAUGUGAAGAAGGAGGAGAAGCAUGUGUGCACCAAGUGCUUCAACAAGCUCUGCGCCAACACCUGUGCAGAGUGCAAACGUCCCGUCGGUGCCGACUCCAAGGAGCUGCACCAUAAGAACCGCUACUGGCACGAGGACUGUUUCCGCUGUGCCAAGUGCUACAAGCCACUGGCCAGCGAGUCGUUCAACGCCCGCGACGAUGGCAAGAUAAUGUGUGGCAAGUGUGGCUCCCGGGAGGACGGCAACCGAUGCCAGGGCUGCUACAAGGUGGUCAUGCCAGGAUCCCAAAACGUGGAGUACAAAAACAAGUUGUGGCACGAGGAAUGCUUCACGUGCUUUGAGUGCAAGCAGCCGAUCCGCACCCAGAGCUUCCUGGCCAAGGGCGAUGACAUCUAUUGUGCUCCCUGCCACGACAAGAAGUUCGCCAAGAAGUGCUUCCAUUGCAAGCAGGCCAUAACCUCAGGAGGGAUCAGCUACCAGGACCAGCCCUGGCACUCCGAGUGCUUUGUGUGCCACACCUGUCGUAAAACUCUUGCUGGAGCUCGCUUCACUUCCCACGAGGACAAGGUUUACUGCGUGGACUGCUUCAAGACCGAUGUGGCCAAGAAGUGCCAUGGAUGCAAAAACCCCAUCACAGGUUUCGGCCACGGCACCAACGUGGUGAACUACGAAGGAUACUCCUGGCAUGAGUAUUGCUUCAACUGCAAGAAGUGCUGCCUCACGCUGGCCAAUAAGCGCUUCGUCAUCAAUGGAGAUCACGUCUUCUGCCCCGACUGUGCUAAAAAGGUGUGAACUGCAAAUGAGCUGCGCAGAGGAUUCUGUUUUUGGCGGAAUUACACCGAAAACAGACCGUAAAACGGUUAAUUUGCAAAAGAACACAUUUUAUUGUCCGUGUGAAUUUGAAAAAAAAGGCAAAAGUCAAUUUUGGCAGCGCUUCUCUUUUUAUGGUUGAACUAAAUAUGCACUUGUUUGAGUCAUGUAUUGAUAUAUACAUUAUUGCAACUUGUCUGGUGUUGGAUACGAAUAUGGCACCAUCAUUUCUUUUGGGGGAUUGUGAUGUGCAACAUUAGUCCAAUUUAAUCCAGAAGCUUUGAGACAAAAGCCUUUUAGUGCCUUAAUGGAAUCUAUCAGAAAUAAUAUGCUUUUUACAUGCAUACCAGCUUUCAUUAAUAAUCUGUAAUUUACACAAAUGUUUAGAGGGACUUUAAAUUAGAUCUUUGAGAUUGACAUAUAAAAUGCUCAUGUAUUCAAGACUUUGUGGUUGAAUUAAAAUCUAAAACAAGAAUAAAAGGAAGAAGUGGU